GGAGGAGGAGGGAGGCAGGCAUCUUCUUCCAUCUUCGAAUUGUUUUUUUCCUUUCUGCAACGAUAGGCAUCACUAUAAAUAUAUAUAAGCAGGCGCAUGGUUUUCAUACCAUGGCGGCGGUAGGAUCACGAGUCCAUGCAUUGGCGCAUGCCAUCCCCCACAAUCAUAACUACGCCGGAAUGGCUUAUAGCUUUCCCGCCAACAGUUCGCAGCCCCAAAGCCACGGCGGCGGCGGCGGCUGUGGCUCUUCCCCUUCCUCUGCUGCGACCACCGCUGCUACUGCGGCCAAUAACCGCCCGACAGCAGCGCAGCAGCUUCUCGACGACGUCGAUCUGACCUCUCAAUCUGCACUGGACUUCUCCGAGUACCUCCUGUUCGAUCAUCCGGAGUUCGCGGCGCCGCCGCAGUCUUCGACGGCGGCGGCGAUGGCGCCGUCCGCGGCAUUUGGAGGUUUAGAAGCAGUCGCCAUGGCGACGCCGCCGGCUCAUGAUCCGGUUCACGAUCAGUUUCAGUUUCAGAGCGGCGGCUUUAAUCCUCCUCCGCCGCCGCCGCCAGCCAAUUUGACCGUUAACUCUGAAAUUGGUGCAGGGAGCGGAAGCAACCAAAUGGGAGGAACCUCAAGGAUCGCUUUCCGAAUGAAGUCGGUGGCGGAGGUGCUCGACGACGGUUUUAAGUGGAGAAAGUACGGGAAGAAAUCGGUCAAGAACAGCCCGAAUCCCAGGAACUACUACAGGUGCUCUACGGAGGGGUGCUCCGUGAAGAAGAGAGUGGAAAGAGACAAAGACGAUCCCAGCUACGUGAUCACCACCUACGACGGCGCUCACAACCACAUGAGCCCCGGCGUCGUCUAUUACACCACCCAAGACUCUGUCUCCGGCCGAUUCUACGUGGCCGGCGUCCAAAUGCCUCCGACGACGACGACGACGACACCUUCGACCUCAUCAUAGCUUAUCAGCACUAUAUGUAUGCAUCAGCUGCUCGAUAUCUAUAUAUAUCGCCAGCUACUACCUUCAAUUCGACCGAUCGAAUGCAAUCAAUAGUUAGUUAAUAUCUAUUUGAAGCUUGUAAAUACAUGCACGAGGCAAGUUUUUGGCAAUGCAAUAGCGUAUGUUUUGGAAUG